AUGAGAAAAGAUCACGAAGCGAAAGAUUCGAAACUGUACUUCAUAACUAAAAAGGAUCUAUGGAACAUCAUGGUAAAGUAUAAACUCAUGCCUGGAAUGCGUGAUAGGGAUGAUCUCACAUCACUGGGGAAGAGGAGAGACGAACAAAAUCCCGAAGACGGCAUACGCUACCUUAAGAUGCCGGACGAGCCGACUGGGAAAGGCUUCGUUCUUGUAGUCAUUACGCCGAUCCAGCAGAAAUGGCUCGAACUGUACGGGCACAAGGGUAUCUCGGUUGACGAUACCCACAACGUCACCAGAUAUGCCUUGAAGCUAGCAUCUGUGAUGGUUGUGGAUGAACGUGACCGAGGCCUUCCAGCAGCUUUUUUGCUGUCGGGUGAGAUGACCUCGAGGGAAGUGAAAAUACUUUUCGAUGAGAUCAAACGCAUUGUGCCCAACUUUGCACCCAAGUCUCUGGUGACGGAUGAGGCUUUGGCUUUUUACAAUGGUUUCAAGUCGUCCUUCCCAAAUGUCAAUGUGGACCACUUCUUGUGUAGGUUUCAUAUCCUGCAAACGUGGAAACGUAAAACAAAGGAGUGUGUUAAGGCAAACACUCACUGCUCUCGGUGUCAAGUAUGUCCCUAUGCUGUGACGUGCUCAUGCAGAGCUGGAGCUCUUGCUGGAGUAGCAUGCUCUCACAGUCAUGCAGUGAAACUUUAUGGUAUAAAACUCCCGAUAUGUCAAUAUAAAUCUCACUGCCGCUCGAAUAGUCUGCAUUUAGGAGCACAACCUGUUGUGGAACCACCUGUUCAACUGACACUGCAAACCGAACCACAGGAAGUUGAGAUACAAUACUGUGGUAGAGAAUUGAGACCUACUCGUGACGUGCGUGGGGAUUUGCACGCGAUGCGUGAUGAAGUUGCCAAGAUCUAUGCCUUGAUAAACGCGAAAGUGAAUGCUCUAGUCAGAAGAGGAGAUGAAAGCUCCUUGGAAACUUUAUCUGGAAUCGUCGAGCGUAUGCGCAGUGUGGCCGACGGAAUUGAAGUGCCCACUGAACCAACAAUACUUCUCGCUAGACCUGAUGUGCCACUCACUGGAGGCAGACCCAGAUUACAGAAAGCAGAAAUGUAUACGAGGGCACAAGUUCGAAAGCAGACGAGAAAGCCAGUAGAUAAAUCAGCUGAACAUGUAUGGGUAGACCCUGAAGAAAUUCUGGUUUGCUCUCUGCUCUGCUAUGAGGAAGAUCCUGUUCUUCCUGAAGACAUGGACCCAGAAGAACAGACACCGAGCCAUAACAAUGAUGCGAUGUACCCGUCGUGUUUGUUGGAUAAUGUGUGUGUACGAGCCAUUCACUACAUUAUGCGAAUGUUUUAUUUGGCAAAUUUAAUGUUCGACAAACGUAUAAACGCUUCACCUUCAAGUAUGUUCAAAGGAAAACUAUACUUAGUGAGCAGAAGCCACGAGUACCAAGACCUUAGAUGGUUCACGAUCCAAAAAUGCCGUGAUCUCAACUAA